UAAAUAUAGAGUGUUGUUAAUGGGAAUAUGUGGAGGAUAAGGGAAUAAGAAAAUGUCUAAGCUAACUAUCGAAACAAAAGAUUAAACAAGAACUACUUCAAAUAAUGAGAAUCCAGGGUCUUCAAAAUAAUCUAGGUUCGUAAAGUAAAUAACAGAUUUCAAAGUUGAUCCAUCUAUAUUUGUUACAUUAAAAAAAGGGGAUCUAUUGAAUUCUUACAAAAUUGAUUAAGUUUUAGGAGAGGGUAUGAAAAUUAGUUUAUUUAAAAAGGAACUUAUGGUAAAGUUAGUUUAGUGACUUAAAAAGGAACAGGGUUUUAAAGAGCAAUGAAAUAGAUUAGAAAGGAUAAAAUAAUAAUUGAAUAGAAAGAUAAUAUGAUAUAGGAAGUAUCAAUAUUAAAAGAAUUGGAUCAUCCAAAUAUUGUAAAUAUAUAUGAAUUGUACGAAGAUGAAUCUUUUUAUUAUAUUAUCACAGAGUAGCAAUAUAAUUUCAAUAGAUCGAAAGAUAUUUGAGUGGAGGAGAAUUAUUUGAGAAAAUUAAUGAGAUAGAUCAUUUCAAUGAAACUAUUGCUGCAGGAUAUAUGAGAAAAAUCUUAGAAGCAGUCAAUUAUUGUCAUAUUCGUAAUAUUGUACAUAGGUAAAUUUAUUAUACUAAUAAAAAUAGAGAUCUUAAACCUGAAAAUAUUAUAUUUGAAUCCAAGAAAGCACAUUCUAGUUUAAAAAUUAUAGACUUUGGAACAGCUAAACAAAUUUAUGAUUCAAGCAAAUUAUCUCAAAGAAUAGGAACUGUAUAUUUAUAUAUAUAUAUAAUUAUAAUAAAUAGCCAUAUUAUAUAGCACCUGAAGUGAUUAACAAAAGAUAUGAUUAAAAAUGUGAUGUUUGGUCUUGUGGAGUUAUUCUAUUUAUAAUGUUAUGUGGUUAUCCUCCAUUUAAUGGAUAAAAUUAAUAGGAAUUAUAUUAAAAAAUUUAAAGUGGAAUAUUUUCAUUUGAUGGUAAAAAGAUUAAUUUAAAUUUUUAGAACCUGAAUGGGGAGAUAUUUCUAUUGAUGCAAAAAAUCUAAUUAAGAAAAUGUUAAUUAUUGAUCCUGAAAAACGAAUUUCUGCUUCUGAAGCUUUAAGAGAUGAUUGGAUGAUUAUUAAUCAAAAAGAUAAAAAAAUUAAUUCAAAAUCUUUAGAAAAACUUGCUAAAUUUCAUGUAAAUUUUAUAUUUUAUAAAAGAGUUAAAGUAAAUUAAAAGCAGCUAUAAUGUAAUUAAUUACAACUUAAGUUAUGUCAAAUUCAGAAAAAAAGAAAAUUUAAACAUAAUUUAAAAAAAUUGAUGUUAACAAAGAUGGUACUUUAAGUAGAGAAGAACUAUUGAAAUGUUAUAGAGAAAUUUAUGAUGAUGAAGUUAAGUGUCAAGAAAUAGUUGAAAAUUUAUUUUAACAAGCUGAUGUUAAUGGAUCAAACUAAAUAGAUUAUACUGAAUUUAUAGUUGCCUUUGCAAAAAAAGAAUAAUUAAUGGCUUAAAAUAAAUUAGAAAAAGCAUUUAGACUAUUUGAUAAAGAUGGAAAUGGAUCAAUAAGUAAAUAAGAAUUACAAGAAAUAAUGGGAGGUGCUUAAUUAAGUGAAGUUGAAUGGAAUAAUGUCUUUAAUGAAUUAGAUCUAAAUGGAGAUGGUAUUGUAAACUUUCAAGAAUUUACAGAAAUGUUAAUAAAAAAUGCUAAUGAAUAAGAAUGA